ACUCCGCUUGGCGCAUUCAGUUCGCGGGGAGCGCUCGUGCGGUGCGCGUUGUUGUCCCGUGUUCCUCUAGAUGAUCGAUCACGUGGUGGACACUGCGCCGAGUUCCGCACGCGAUAGCGAUUCCGUCGCGAAGACGCGCCGCCGUCGUGGGGAAGGGAUUAAAUGUGCGCGCCGACGCCGCGAUGGACAACCCUAGCGGCGGAAGAGACGGUCGGUACACGAGCCUCGGCUACAGCAUGGGGAUGAUCGGGAGCGAUGCUGGCACGGAAAUCUACGGCCGACCGUCCACCUCCCAGCUCGCGGCGGCGGCGGCGGCGGCGGCGGCUUCCCAGAUAGGCCGCGGCGGCGCCACCAUGAUGUCAGCCGCGGGCGCCGCGACGCCAGGCGUCGGACCCGUUCAACGGGGCAUCAAGCGCAGCAUCUCCGACGUCUGCUACGGCGACGACGGUAACAAUCCACGGCAGCAAUCGCUCUCGCAGGGCAUGCCCACCGGCGGCAUGCCCGGCGACUGCGUCCCUGACAAUCUCGACGAGUCCUUCACCAGUCUAGGCCAGCCGAAGAAGUCACCCCCCUCGAACGGCAAGAAGACUAAGGGCCGGGUGAAAAUUAAGAUGGAGUAUAUCGACAAUAAAUUACGGAGAUACACGACGUUCUCCAAGAGGAAGACUGGCAUUAUGAAGAAGGCGUACGAGCUGUCGACGCUGACCGGUACGCAAGUGAUGUUACUGGUGGCGAGCGAGACCGGGCACGUGUACACGUUCGCGACGCGUAAACUGCAGCCAAUGAUCACGAGCGAUGCCGGGAAGGCGCUGAUCCAGACGUGUCUGAACAGUCCGGAUCCACCGCCGUCGGGUUCGUCGGGCGACCAGAGGAUGUCGGCGACCGGGUUCGAGGAGACCGAGCUGACGUACAACAUCGCCGACGACGAGCAGAAAGAGGAAGGCGCGUCGCCCAGAUCCGACGUCUGCGCCAACGAGAGCGACGGCGAGAGCAGCGAUGGUGACUCUCCCGUCGUCCCUAAGGAUCCUCUCAAGAUUACCAAUCACUCGGGAAAUGUGCCUUCGUUCUCUGCAGGGAUUAUGUACCAGGUGCCUCAGAGUGUCAUUUAUUCGCCCAGUCCAGGGGUCUUGCUCGGCAUAGGACAAAACGGGCAACCGGUGCAAAUAUCUCAAGACGGAGGUACAGUAGCACCGGUGGCGAACUCAUCGCAGUCGAACCAGCCGUUCAUCACAAUACCGCUGAACGUCGCGAUGAGCGCGGGAUUGUCCUUACCGGUGACCUCCAGGAUGUCCUCCAGGUCACCCACGACGACGACUUCGACGACAACGGCGGUAGCGGCGAUGUCCGGCUGCAGCGACUUGCCUUCUGACCUGAGCAAAGAUCGGGAAUGACGCAGGAAUUUUCCGACGGGCGGAGUCUCCGACGACGACGAAAGUAGCAGUUAAGCCUCUGCUUUCUCGCUCGCAUUUCGUCGUGCGAACUUGUCAGGCGAAUUCGUCGCGGAUAUCACCGGUCUUGUGAUACUUCCACGUCCGGGAUAACAUCGGAGCGAGUGAUCCAGGUUUUUCAAACGGAUUACGAGCGACUAUGACUCCAUCGCCAUGUGGGAUUCUUCGCCUUCCUUCGUGCUCUCGUUCUCGGGGGUUUCCUUACUUUUGUACGAGGGAAACUAGGAGAACAGGAUUUGCUAGUAUGAUCGCGCACUUUUCGAUUAAUAGGGAAUAUCAACGUGAAUAUGAAAUUAAAUUAAUAAUGGAGCAAGAGCGGAGUUUCUAAAGAUGGGAAGGAUAACGGACUUAUCCUAGAAAAGUAUUUUUGCAGAAUACGCUGAUUGUAGAUCGCUGGUCACAGAUUUUAUCUCGAAGUAUAAACUCGUGACAAACUCGUUGCAUGAUAAACUCGUCAAUUGUAACUACUCGAUAUAUCUUUAAACGUUAAUACUUUGAAACGUUACUUUUGCAUGUAAGUCAUAGAAAACCAAACAACGACCGAGACUUUAUCUUUUCUUAUUAUUUUAGAUCUUAUUAUUUUGUAAAUUUUUAUACUUUUUCACUCAG